AUGAGGUUUCCCAACAUAAACUUGAUUAACAGGCAUUGCAAGAAUCUUCAAGUGCUAGGCCAAGCAGGAAUUGUUUUCCAUUCUCACGAGGAGAUAGUCCAAGUUCCUCCCGAUCUGGCUGCGCAAGACACUGAAAUGAAAGACAUAUUUGAACAUGUGAGGAUUUCCGAUAGUGUAUUUAGACUAGAUGGUCUCUAA